AUUUUACAAUCGUUCGUUUAAUAAUAUUUAUAUAUUUUUUAAAUGGUGCUGCCACCUAUCCUUCACGCAACAUUUUUCAGAAUCGUUAAAUUGAAAUUUUACAAUAACUCGUAGAUACACGUAUACAACCAACCGAACGAGCAACGUUUCAUAAAACGUUUCUAACCCCCUGUAUAAUUUUGCGAUGUUCCUCGUUCGAUUCUCCAUGAAAGUGUAAACACAUCGCAUCUCUUCGACACAACUGUUAUAGAUUAUCAAAGAUGACUGUUUGGGAGAGAUUGCGAAAUCCUUGUGGCUGGAGGGCUGGUGCUAAACAAAUUUCAGUUGAUGCAAUGAUACCGAUAUUCGCGGUUCCAACAUUGGCAGUGAUAGCCGCACAAACGAUACUCUCUACUGUAAUUAUAUUCAUCGCGACACCGUUAUUGGUCUACUAUUUGCAUCACAACUUCUUGAGGUUUUUACUACGAACAAAGUUUUUUCUUAUGUGGACAAUUACCAGUGUCGUUAUGUUGAUGCUGAUAUUUGAAGUAAGUGUGGUACCGUUAUUAGAGAUCUUGCCAGAAGAAAAUCUAGUGUUUAUAAUUUGUGUUGUGGGAGGUAUAUUGUGCGGCUACAAGAGUAGACUAAACGCAGAUUCCACUACACAGGAGGGUACAUUGACUCAAGGUUUAGAACUUGGCGAAGGUAGUGGAGAACUUUGCAUUACAUGUAGAAGAAGAGCUCCUCCAAAAGCACAUCAUUGUCGCAUGUGUCAGACAUGUAUCUUAAACAGGGAAUAUCACUGUAAAUGGUUGGACUGUUGCAUAGGCUCCAGCAACCUAAAAUGGUAUUUGGGAUGUUUGUUUUUCUCAGCUAUAGCGUUUAUCUAUGGUUCCAAUUUAACCAUGACUAGUGUUUGCCAUCCGUUUAUAUUAAUUGGCACUAUUCUUUUACCAGACGAUUGCAGCGACGUAUAUCAUCAGUUAGACAUUGCCCUCUGCUUCAUCUCGGCACUCUACAGCUUGCUUGUUGGUCUAGUGGCACUUUUCUACUUAAUAUAUCAUCUGUGGUUAAUUUACCUUGGUACAACAUCGAACGAGCGACGUCUUCUGGAAGCUGGAAGCCAAUACAACCAUGGGACAUUGAAAAUUGUAUCGCGAUUAUUUUGCUGCAAAACUUAAAUACCAAAUGUAGUUUAAAUUAUUAAAUUUAAUUUAUACGGAAGAUAAUAAUUUGUGCUAUGCAACGAAUAUUACAAAAACUCUGACAAUGAAGCAAAACCAUUGGGUGUAGUGGUAUGUGAGUCUCAAUGUAUACUUUAAUAUUGAUUCAAAUGCACCUUUCUCUAUUAAUAUAUUUUAAUGCCGCUCACUCUCAUUUCUUUUUUUACAAUCGCAAGGUACCAUGUACUAUUGCCGAUGAUAUUAAACUUAAUGACGACAUAUCGGGUCGUAAAAUUGCUGCUCUCGGUUCAAAUGGCAAUUACAUUUAUUAUUUCAUUAAUAUGCACAUUAUCAAUUAUUCAUAUAUUUAUUGUAACUGUGAUAAAGUGAUCAUUAUACGAUUUACGUAAUAAAUUGUAUUAUUCAAUUGUGUACAGUA